AUGGGGCCUUCACCGAUUGGAGAAGAUAAUACAGCUGAGAAUAGCACUUCUUUCGAUAUCGUCCAACACGGCCACAAGGAUUUAGUUCAAGCAAUCGCUUUCAACGCAUACGGUGACAGAUGCGCCACGGGUAGUGUAGACGGGAAGAUUCGCGUCUUUAAUCGACACCAAGAUGGCAUUUGGAGAUUGUGCGACAACUGGAAAGCUCACACAGGCGAGAUUCUAGAGCUUCAAUGGCUGCCACCCACCAUAUAUCCUAAUUUACUAGCCUCCCUAGGUAUAGAAGGCCGCUUCAGACUAUGGGCUGAGGACCCUUCAGCUGCCCCGGGAAGACGUUUCAGUGCGAGGGACGGGAAUGGCAAGAAUGUUUCUGAGCUGAGGUCCGCCCGGUAUCCAUAUAGAUCCUUUUCGGUCAAGCACGAUGAAGUAACCCGGUCUACAUAUGUCGCCCUUCUUGCCUCAGAUGGCCAUCUCACAGUAUUCGAAGGCGAGGAGCCCGAGACUUUAACUGACUAUGCAAAGUCUGAUGACUUCCAGACUUGUACUAAACCAAAUCGUGGAGAGGAAACAUGUUUUAAAGUUCGCUUCGACCCAAAUCCCGAGCCCUGCUACAACGCCCUGAGAGCCGGCGUACCAGCAGAUGCAUUGAGUCUAGUAGUAUCGGGCUUAACCUCGGUAAAAAUCUUUAGAACUCGUGAUACUGUUGCCAGCUCCUUCGGCGCCCCGACAAGACAAAGACAGUUCUACCUAGCUAUUGAGAUCGGAGAUCAUAAUCACUUAGUCCGAGACGUCGCCUGGGCUCCCGGAAACUAUAGGGGCUACGACAUGAUAGCUACUGCAUGCCAAGAUGGCUUCGUGCGGGUGUUCCGGGUUGAUACUCCCUUCUCACAAGACGAUGGCAAGUCCUGGGCCCUAGCGGAUAUUCUAGGUAGUACAAAAGCCGACGAAAACACUGCUUCUAAAAGUGGUCAUCUCCGUAGAUCCUCUCAAGCUCCUUCCGGCAUAAGAGCCGAGAUCGACAAGUCCGGGACUCACGGAGAACGUACCUCAACCGAUCUACCGGGACAGGUCCACCACACUGUUAAGCUACUAUCUAAACUCAGUGCUCACCGGUCUCCCGUAUGGAGAAUAGACUUCGACGACGAUGGUCAAAUUUUAGGAAGCGUCGGAGAUGAGGGCAAGUUAAUAUGCUACCGACAACUCCCCGACGGGUCUUGGGCGAAGAGCUCAGAACUAGGUAUGAUGAAAGCCAGGAUGACCGCCCCGCCCAUCCAUAUGGGUUGA